AAAUGAGAGGCCCAAAAUAUGUCGAAUAGGAUAUAAUAAAAAAAGUAUGCUAUGCUGAAUAGUUCUAAUAGCAUAAAUUCAAAUUACUUAAUACAAAAUCUGAUCCUCAUCUUUCUAAAAAAGUAUAGCAUUCUAUUAAUAUAGCAUAUUUUAUCAGACAAUGAUAAAUAUUAAUAAAUUAGGGCUAAUAAAUUUUAUACAAAACUUUAAGUAGAUUUAUAGAAAGAAUAACGUCUCUUUAAAGAGAAUGCUAAGAUUUUAAAUCGUAUUGUUGAUAUUGGAAAUUAAAAAACUUAUUCUUCAAUGCCAAAAAGAUCCAUUACUCGUUAAAGUUCAGCCAAUUCAAUUAAAUCUCUUAAUUUGUCAUAUCGAAAACAAGAAGCAAAAAAAAUUGUUGGAGAAAAUGAAAAAUUAAUGUAGCGGUUAUAAAGAACUCCAUCUUCUUUUAGAAAUAAAGAUACUUUACUCAAAGACUAUAAGAAGUAACGAUUUCAAUUUAAUCAAGAACUUUGGAACUCAAAAAUAGAAUUUCUAAAUAUUCAUAAUAAAAUUAAUAAAAGAUGGGUAAAAUCGUUGAGAGAUUGACUAAAACAACUACAAAUCCAAAAUACUCAAAAACUAAUUAAAGUAGAACCAGUGCUCCAAGUUAUAAGAAUUCAGCUUUAUCUAAAUUAAGAAUUGAACCUGAUAAUUAAAAAUAAAAAUUACAAUUUCCAAGAAUAAAAUGA